AUGCCCACCACUCAAAUCAAUGUGGUCCUGACAGAAGCUCGAGUUAUGGCUGGAGAAUACCUGAAUGCUAAAAUUCUGCUGGAUUCCUCUGAUCCGGAUACGGUGGUCCAUUCGCUGACGGCGGAAAUCAAAGGAAUCGGCCGAACCGGAUGGGUCAAUAUACACACGGACAAGAUAUUUGAGACCGAAAAAGUUUUUCUGGACACAUCGGUGCAAUUAUGCGAGACUGGCGUAUGUCUUCCUGUCGGAAAACACCAGUUCCCGAUUCAAGUGCGAAUUCCCGCGAACGCUCCGAGCAGCUACGAGAGCCAAUUCGGCAGCAUUCGCUAUCAAAUGAAAAUCGAUUUGUCGGCGAACACCGAGCAAGCGUCGUGCUCCGAAGUGUUUCCGUUGGUCGUCGUCAUGCGCUCCUUCUUCGACGACGUCCCUUCGAAUGUGAUGUCGCCGAUUGAUUUCAAAGACGAGGUCGAUUUCACCUGUUGUACUCUUCCAUUUGGAUGUGUUUCGCUUGUAAUGUCUCUUCCGCGAACUGCCUACAGAAUCGGAGAGUCGAUUGAAACCUUGGUAACCAUUAAUAAUCGAACGAGAAAAGGCCUGAAAGAAGUGUGUCUUCAACUGAUGAUGAAAACCCAAUUCGAAGCAAGAAGCAGAUAUGAGCAUGUUAAUGAGAAAAAACUCGCCGAGCAGCUUAUUGAUAUGGUCACACUUGGCGCAGUUCGUUCGCGAUGUCGAAUGGAAUUUGAAAAGUGCCAUUUGAAAAUCCCGGAAGCUGCUCCGCCAACUCAAAACUACAACAAAGGAGGUGGCGAAACAUCGAUUAUUGCGAUUCAUUAUGUUCUCAAACUGACCGCUUUGCCAGGCAUCGAAUGCGAAGUGCCGCUGAUUGUGACGAGCUGUGGCUACAUGGACCCCCAAAAACAAGCGGCGUUUCAGCAUCACAUCACUCGGGCUCGAGCAAAAACUUCGAAGAGCGAAACUCAACGAAAAACUCGGAACAUUGUCGAAGAAAAUCCAUAUUUCCGUUGA